AUGUCUGUCAGUCCGGCGCAGUCCCUCCAACUGGCGGAGUAUCUCGAGAAGCUGCCUGGCACGACCUUUAGGAAGCUCUACCAGCAGCCCUCGACCGCUUUUGCCAUAUUCCGUCGCAUGCUCACGCACCUGGCGAAGACGUUUGUUAUGCGGAUGCUCUUCAUGCCGAAGCCAAUGCUACUCUCCGAUCUCGACAACUGGAUCAAACCCGACGCGAAACGGCAAAAAGACCAGGCGCUCUCGAUUCUUCGAGGACUGCACAUCAUACAGAUUUCGGCCCCGUCCAAGGAGAAGCCGCAAGAGCUUUACUUGACUGCCAACUUCAAGACUUCUCUCCGGCUCGCCCUCACCGGUGGUGGCACGCACAAUUCUUUCGGCGUCCCGUCUAGUCUCGCUGUUCCCACCGAAAUCGAUAUCGCCUUCCUCGACCGAUACGCGCGAAAAAAAUGGGAAGACAUCUUGCACUUUGUGGUCUCCAGCGUCGGCUACAAGAGCGCUGGCGAGUCUUCCGGGCCUAAUAAGAGCGUGAAAGACCUGCUUGUAGCCGGGCGGUUGGUCGACAGGCGGCCAAAUGGGAGUGUGGGCAUUACGCAAGCUGGCUUCACGUUCCUGCUGCAGGAGGCGAACGCGCAGGUCUGGACACUGCUUCUCUUGUGGCUGGAAGCAAGCGAGAUCAACAAGGCUGCCGGGCUCGAGACUGUCGACAUGCUGUCCUUCCUAUUUGUCUUGGCCAGCCUCGAACUGGGUCGCGCCUAUGACACGAAUGCGUUGACGGAACAGCGAAAGAACAUGCUUCCCUCGCUGCUGGAUUUUGGGCUCAUCUACAUUCCGCAGCAUAAACGAUCCAUGUUCUUCCCGACUAGGCUGGCGACAACUUUGACCAGUGGCGGAAACAGCCUACGGACCAUCAGCGACGGGGUGGCGGCCGCAACAUCCGCCGCGCUCAAUCCUGGCCAGGCUGGACCGUUGGGCGGCAGCGGCGAACAGAAGGGCAGCGUGGUCGUGGAAACCAACUAUCGCAUAUACGCAUACACCCAGUCGACCCUACAAAUUGCGGUGCUCGCUCUUUUCACCAAGCUCAGCAUGCGCUUCCCAGACAUGGUUGCCGGCCGGGUUACCCGCGCCUCUAUCCGCCAGGCCAUCAAUUUUGGCAUCACCGCCGACCAAAUCAUCUCAUACCUCGCGGCGCACGCUCACGAGCAAAUGCACCGCACGGCUGCGCUAACUAAUAAGCCGGUUCUACCGCCGACUGUGGUUGAUCAGAUUCGUCUAUGGCAGCUAGAGAACGAGCGUAUGAAGACGACUAGCGGAUUCUUGUUCCGCGACUUUGACGACCAUAAGGAGUUUCUCGAGACGGCUCGCUUUGCGGAGGAGAUUGGCGUGCUGGUGUGGAGAGGGGACAAGUCUGGCAUGUUCUUCGCCAGCAAGCACGAACAGAUCCGAGACUAUCUGAAGAGCAGAAAACGAGCUGAAUAG